GGUCGCUGUGACGACUGGUCGCUCUGCAGGACACUGACCUGAGAUCAGCUUGUACACUCAGACUGUUUUUUUCACCUGCUCAGGAUGAGGGCUGCUGAUUGGCUGUUGGUUGUGGCAUUCCUGCCGCUCGUCUCUCACGCCUUCCGUCCAGACAUCUGUGGAGCCAAACCCAGAGACCUGGCUCUGGAGCCACGAUGCAUCUACCGAAUCCCCGACCCCGAGGGCACGACCUCGGAGCCCGAGCAGGUCCCUGAGUCCACAAACCCCCGAGUGUGGGAACUGUCGAAGGCCAACAGCCGCUUUGCCCUGUCACUGUACAAGCAGCUCGCUAUCGGCAAGACCCCCGAGUCCAACAUCUUCAUGUCCCCCAUCAGCAUCUCCACUGCAUUCGCUAUGACCAAACUGGGUGCCUGCAACGACACACUGCAGCAGAUCAUGAAGGUGUUUAAGUUUGACACCAUCAAAGAAAAGACGUCAGAUCAGGUCCACUUCUUCUUCGCCAAACUCAACUGUCGUCUGUACAGAAAGAAGGACGAGACCACCCAGCUGAUCUCUGCUAACAGACUGUUUGGAGACAAGUCUCUGGUCUUCAACGAGACGUAUCAGAACAUUAUUGAGAUGGUGUAUGGAGCCAAACUGCUGCCGCUCAACUUCAAGGAGAACCCGGAGGAGGCCCGGGCCACCAUCAACAACUGGAUCGCCAACAAGACGGAGAACAAGAUCCAGGACACGCUGCCACUGGGGUCACUGGACUCCAACACCAUCCUGGUCCUUGUCAACAACAUCUACUUCAAGGGUCAGUGGAAGAACAAGUUUGACAAAGACAAGGUGUUCGCCGCAGAUUUCCACGUCAGUGAGAGUCGCAGCUGCUCCGUCAGUAUGAUGUUCCAGGAAACCAAGUUCAGGUACAGACACUUCCCCGACGACCAUGUGCAGCUUCUGGAGAUGCCGUAUCUUGGAGACGACAUCACCAUGGUGAUCAUUCUUCCAUGCAAGGACACAGCGCUCAGCCAGGUGGAGGAGAGUCUGGACCUGAUGAAACUGAACAGCUGGUUGAAUGAGAUGGAGGAAACCUCGGUGUCCGUCCACGUCCCUCGGUUCAGGGUAGAGGACAGUUUUGCUCUGAAGGAGAAGCUGCAGGCGAUGGGACUGACUGACCUGUUCAGCUCAGAGAAGUCCAGCCUGCCAGGAAUCCUGGAGGACGGCAGUGACACCGUCUACAUCUCAGAAGCCUACCACAAAGCUUUCCUGGAGGUAAAAGAGGAGGGCAGUGAGGCGGCGGCAGCCACGGCCGUGGUGGCAGUCGGACGCUCCCUCAAUUUUAACGUUGAGGUUUUUCUGGCCAACCGACCUUUCCUGCUGCUCAUCAGAGAAUCGACCAUUAACACAAUGCUGUUCAUCGGCAGAGUGGCCGACCCCUGCAACCAAUAAAAACUGCUUUCAUAC